AUGCGCACAGCGCGCAAGCUGCGCAACAGGCGUCGCGUACAGAAGUGGGCGGAUAAGCAAUACAAGAAGGCACAUCUUGGCACAAGAUGGAAGGCAAACCCUUUUGGUGGAAGUUCUCAUGCUAAGGGAAUUGUUGUAGAAAAGUUGGGUAUUGAAGCUAAACAGCCUAACUCAGCUAUUAGGAAGUGUGUAAGGGUCCAAUUAAUAAAGAAUGCAAAGAAGAUAACUGCCUUCGUACCUCGUGAUGGUUGUCUGAAUUAUAUUGAUGAAAAUGACGAAGUUCUUGUUGCUGGAUUUGGUAGAUCAGGGCAUGCAGUAGGAGAUAUACCUGGUGUUAGAUUCAAGAUUGUUAAAGUUUCUGGUGUAUCUCUUCUUGCUCUAUUCAAGGAAAAGAAGGAAAAACCCAGGUCCUAA